AUGUCACCACCAGAAAAUCCUAUAUUAUCAAGACUUCGCUCACAUGACAGCAAUAGAUCUCCUGAUAUUCCUGAAUUAAACUUUAAUGAUAAUAAUGAAGCUAAUUCCACUAAAAAAGUUCGACUUGAUAAUCAUGUUAUUGCUUCUGAGCCAAACGAGCUGACGUCUCCUUCUAAACGAUCUAAUAGAAGAAAAGUACCAAUAAUAUCAAAAGAAGUACAAGAUGGUGGUGAAGAUGGUGGUUCUACUGUUAAUACUACCAUAAGUGAGAUUAAUAAUGAUAAGUCAUCAUCCAAAAAAACAAAUAGUAGAAGAAAGAACAAAUCAGUAGUAGCGACCAAUCUAAAAAGUAAUACCGUUUCACCAUUUAGACGAAUUACCAGGGGAUAUUCCAAAUUAAUAAAUAAAGAUCAAAUUGAAAAUAAUACUCGUGCUGAGAAGGUUAUGGUUGCAAAGACCGAAUCACAUACAAAAGCUAUUGAUGAAAAGGCAUUAGAUAAUUCUAAUGAAGUUGAAGAUGUUAUGAAUAGCAACAGCAACAAACAACAUAUUCAAAUUGAUGUUCAAAAAAAAAAAAUUGAGAUCUCUGUUGAGGAGAAAGAGGGGUUACGUGUUGUUAUUUUCAAUAAUAACGGCAAUAAUAAUAGAGAACAACAUGAUGUUGAAAUGUUGAAUAACAAUAUAACUGAAGAUGUAAUUAAUGUUGAAAAUAAUAAUCAGAAGCAACAGGGCAGUGAAGAAUUGUUAAAUAAUGAGUUAUCUACAAAUCAGUCAUCGCCGUCAUCUUUUACCCACUUGUCCCGAUCCAAUAUAGUUAAAGAUGUGGCAAUAUUCGUUGAGAAUAGUCAAUAUGAGCACCGUGUUGAAAUUGAAAACAAUGAUGAUAAUAUAGCUAAAGAGAUAGCACCGGUUGAAAAUCGUCAAGAUGUUGACAUAGUUAACAAGUUGACUGCUGUUGAAAACAAUCAAGGUGAGUAUGUUGAAAUUAAAAAUAAUGAUGAUAAUACAACUAAAGAAGUAACGCCUGUUGAAAAUAAUCAAGAUCAACAAAGCGUUGGAAUUAAUGAUGAUGAUGAGGAUAUAAUUAACAAAUCAAUAAUAACUGUUAAAAAUAAUCAAUGUGAAAAAGAUGUUGAAAUGUCGACUAAUGAUGUUGAUAUAGUUAAUGAGUUGAUUAUAGCUGAAGAUAAUCAAAAUGUACAAGAUAUUGAAAUGUUAACCGAUGAUGAUGGUAUAGAUAAAGAAGUAAUUCCUGUUGAAAAUAACCAAGAUCAACAAGAUGUCGAAAUAUUAACCAAUGAUGUUGAUAUAGUUAAUGAGUUGACUACCGCAGAAAAUAAUCAAGACCUACAAAAUGUUGAAGUGUCGACUAAUGAUGUUGAUAUGGUUAAUGAGUUGGUUAUAGCUGAAGAUAAUCAAAAUGUACAAGAUGUUGAAACGUUAACCAAUGAUGAUGAUAUAGAUAAAGUAAUUCCUGUUGAAAAUAACCAAGAUCAACAAGAUGUCGAAAUAUUAACCAAUGAUAUUGACAUAGUUAAUGAGUUGACUACUGUAGAAAAUAAUCAAGAUCUACAAGUUGUUGAAAUUAAAAAUAAAUAUGUUGACAUAGUUAACAAAUUGAUCACUACCGAAGAUAAUAUAGGUGAGAAAGAUGUUGAAAUUAAAAAUCAAGAUGAUGAUAUAGCUAAAGAGGUAAUUCCUGUUGAAAAUAAUCUAAAUCUACAAGUUGUUGGAAUAUUAAACAAUGAUGUUGAUAUAGUUGACAAGUUGACUACUGUUGAAAAUAAUCAAGAUGCUGAGAUUAGAAAUAAUUAUGAUAAUACAACUAAAGCAGCAACUCUGGUUGAAAAUAAUCAAGUUAACAAGUCGAUAACUGUUGAAAAUAAUUCAUGUGAAAAAGAUAUUGAAAUAUUAAAAAAUAAUAUUGAUAUAGUUAACAAGCUCGAAAAUAGUCAAGGUGAAAAAGAUGUUGAAAUUAAAAAUCAAGAUGACGAUAUAAUUAAUGAGCGGACAAUCGUUGAAAAUAACCAAGGUGAACUAGCGGCUGAAAUUCAAAAUAAAAAUAAUGACAUAGCUAACGAUUGUACAACUGCUGAACCUAAUCAAUUAAAACAAGACGUUGAAAUUAACCAAGGACAAAAAGAUCUUGAAAUUAAAAAUAUUGACAUAUCUAAAAGUACAAAGGCAAGCUUUGACGAUGACAUGGAAAUUGAAUAUACUAAUGUUGAAGAAAACCAAAACAAAAAAUCUAAAAAAAGAAAACAUGCACUGGAUGUAAAUUCAAAUAAAAAGAUAAAAAAGUCGAUGCAAAAAAAGAGGAAAAAAUUGAAUGAUAAAAAAAAUAAUGGGUCGAUAUCUGUAAUUGCAUUGGAAUCACAGUCUAAUGAUUCGAUAAAAAUAAAUAAGGAAGUUAAUGAUUUUAAAACAAAUAGAACAAUUGGAAGGCUUCAAAGCAAAAAUGUUAUCUUCAAUUUUGGUCAGGGCAAAAAUGGACCAUCAUUAAAAUUCAGAAGAUAA